AUGCAAAAUCAAUAAUAUUCAGAUAAAAGUUACUAUUCAAAAUAAAAAAAAUAUUACAGGUGUAUGAAUAAAUCUGAUUUUGGAAUAGUUACUUCGUCAUCCCCAUAAAAAUUUAACAGACUAAAUUAAUCACAAUAAUUAAUCCCUCAGGAAUACCUAACUAAUGGUAUUUAGGGUUUUAAUACUUCUCCAAGAAAGGAAAAAUAUAAAAAAUAAAUUAAAAAUACUCACUUUCUAAAAGUAAAUAUUCUCCUUAAUGUCUAAUCGUAGGAUAACGAAAGAAAAAAGACUGUAUGGUGCAACAUAUAUUAGUAUUAAAUGAAUGCAACUGAAUUAGAAAUGUCUAAAAAAGGAAGAAUUUGUAGAAUUUGUAUGAUGGAAGAGGAAACCUCAAGAUUUAUCUAUCCUUGUAAAUGUAAGGGGUCAACUUAAUUCGUACACGAAGAAUGCUUUAAAAGUUGGAUUUUAACAAAAAAUAAUGUUGAAAAAGUUCUUAAAAAGGAUAUUAGCUGCGAAGUUUGUUCUUAGAAAAUUAAUAUGAAGCUAAUAAUUUAGGAUAAAGUUUAAUUUUCUCUUUUUAAAGAUAUUCCAAAGCACUAAAAGGUUUGCUGGUUAAUCAUAUUCUUUUUGAUUUUAUUGUAAAUAACCGGAGCUUCGAUAUUAGCAGUUUUAGUUGGUUUUCAAAAUUUUGGCAUUGUAGCUGUAAUAACAUUAUUAGCAGGAUUUUCUGUUGCUUUAUUUUUUUAUUUAAUUGCUUAGGUUAUCAAUAGCCUUUCUGUAGAAAUUAUAGAUCAAUGGAUUUUCUCGAAUUAUAGAGGGGAUAAAGGUCCUAUCAUGGUUGAUAUGUAAUCAUAAUAUCUACAGUCUUAAUAAAAAUUACACUGCAGUCCAAAAAGUCCGAAACAGAGGAGAAAAUCAUGUGUACCUCAAUUUGGAGGACUUUAAGUUAUUCAAUUUGAAUAAUACCCCUCUGAAAUUUGA